UUUUCAGUGGUCCUAUGUUGAAAAACGUACCAUAUGCAAGUUCGACGUAUUUGUAAAACUGCGAUUGCGUGACCGGACCAGUAGAUCGUGCAUGCACACAGGUCUCGGAAGACACAUGCGAACGCUUCUCACGCGAAAAGGAGAAAGAAAUGUGGCGGCAGCUGACGCGAUACUUGAGGAGGGUUCCUCGGCCCGCUUGGUUGGUUUCUCCCCGGAAGCAACGCGGAGUUCCUUCCAACUCAGAGAUCUCGCUUCUUCUGCAGGAUGCAUCCAGCGUCUUCUACGUCGUUUCUCGCUGGGCAGUUGCCGUCUCCCUCUGCUCCCUUUGUCAAGCGUACCUCGUCUGGAUCGAGCAGACUCGUGGCCGAUCGAUGGAGCCGACGCUUCCAGCCGCUGGUGGUCUCCUCGUCGUGGAAAAACUCCGUCGACGACUUUACGACAGUUCUCUGUUCAGUGGACACCCGCAGUUUGAGCGGGGCAGCAUCGUUUUGUUGAUUCCGCCAGACGGUGAUGGAGUCGUGUGCAAGCGAAUCAUCGGGUUGCCAGGCGACGUGCUCGAAGUUGCAAGACCUGAACAGCGUUUCGUCGCGUACGAACCCGUUCUUGUUCCUCCUGGCCACGUUUGGGUUCAAGGCGACAACGGCGAGGCGUCGCUUGACAGUCGCACUUACGGUUGCGUCAGCCAAGGUUCCAUCAUCGGGACUGCGAUGUUCAGUCUGUGGCCGCUGAAGUUUCUGCCUCUUGCGCCGCCUUCGAUGAACGGAACUCGCAUUAUCGCGACACUCGGCAGUUCCUGAGUGAAGUUGAGCCGAAAUGUUGUCGGCCGUCAACCUCCGCUAAACAGGGACGCUCAACUAUGUCAUAGCUGCCACGAAGCUUUGGAUUUGUUUCAUGACAUCAAUACAGGGAAAUGAAAUCUGUAUACGAAGAUCAACCCUUGCACCUGCAUUUAAAUACAUGCAUGUGUAUUUAUACUGGUACACCCAACUAUAUAUGCGUGUGCAGAGUACGUGAUUGCUUAUAAAUGACUGCAAACGUGCAUCUGUGGGCAGGAAAAAUAAAUGCCACAUUGCGCAUCAUGACCCUCUGCUACUCCGGCAAAAAAGCAGUUUGUUAUAACAAUCAGCAUCACUCGCGCGUGAAAGGCUUCUUGCCUUGCGCAUGAGGCAUUUGGUACGUUCCGCGUGUAGUUCCUCAGCCGCACGCGAUAUGUUCCAAAAUACGCCCGUAAUCAAAAGCUGCCUUUCCUCUUCUCGGUAUACCACUGGACCAAAUAGGACGCACAGGCAAGAAGGUUAAAAUUGGCUUGGUACGCUUUGGGAUCGCGGAGAUCUUCCCAGUCAUCCAGCGAUAUCAU